CUUGGGAGCUCUCAAGGCAGCGGCGGGCCUCGCGUCCACCUCCAUCUGUCAUCGCCCAGCCGGACACCGGACCCCAGCAUUCUACGACCCAAGACUCCGAAUUGUAUCUCCCUGACCUUCUUCUUUCUCCUGUGAACUUCAGUCCAGUCACCUCUUCUUCAGAAUUCUCCUAAUCUCGCCUACUGCCCAUAAUGUCUGGAUAUGACCGAGCUCUUUCAGUCUUCAGCCCCGAUGGGCACGUCUUUCAGGUGGAAUACGCCAUGGAAGCCGUCAAGCGAGGAACCUGCGCCGUCGGAGUAAAAGGCAAGGACGUGGUCGUUCUCGGCUGCGAGAAGCGCUCCGCACUGAAGCUCCAAGAUACCCGCAUCACACCGUCCAAGAUCGCCAUGGUGGAUAACCACGCCGUCCUGGCUUUCGCCGGCCUGAACGCCGACGCCCGCAUCCUUAUCGACAAAGCCCGUCUAGAAGCUCAGUCCCACCGUCUGACCGUCGAAGACCCCGUCACUAUCGAAUACAUCACGAAGUACAUUGCCGGUGUGCAGCAGCGGUACACGCAGAGUGGUGGUGUUAGACCCUUCGGUAUCAGUACCCUGGUCGUGGGUUUCGACCCCAAUGAUAAGACGCCGAGGUUAUAUCAGACUGAGCCUUCGGGGAUUUAUUCCGCUUGGAAAGCAAAUGCCAUCGGACGCUCCAGCAAGACUGUGCGCGAGUUCCUCGAACGCAACCACCAGGAGGACAUGGAUCGCGAACAGACCAUUCAGCUCACCAUCAAGUCGCUGUUGGAGGUGGUGCAGACUGGUGCGAAGAACAUCGAGGUGGCUAUCAUGUCGCCCGGAAAGUCGAUCGAGAUGCUCCCGGAUGACCAGAUCGAGUCGUACGUUAAGAGCAUAGAGACGGAGAAGCAGGAGGAGGCGGCUAAGAAGAAGACGGGUCGCGGCGGCACCACGACGGCUGCUAUUCUAACACGGCCUGGUGGCGGCGAGGGCAGCGAGAGCCGGGAGUAGGGGGAUGAUCAUGCCGUUAAUGUAGAGGCUACGUCGAAUAAGCAACUAUGAGACUCUCGUGCGGUGUGUGCUUUCUAUCCGGUUAAUUGUCUAGGGAUCUUGCAGAAGCGUUACGUCCUUUUUCACGAAAAUAAACUCCGUUAUACUGUAAUGCAGAUGUGCUCCGGAUAUAUAUGAAGCUCUAGGUUCAAGGUGAUAUACAGAAUUAUUUAUGUAGAAAGUAAGUGUAUGCAUAAUUUCGUAAAUCUCGUUCAUCAACCCAUCGGUUUGUUUUGUUGUCUUGGUCUGGCGUCUAACCCAAACGAUCGGAAAUAUCCUUGAAGUUGAAGAUGGAGCGUUCCUGGUAUCCGCGAACACGGUCGUCUUUGAGCAUU